UGCCAACCCUUCCACGUACAUGCACGCCGCCGGUUCGUCCGCCUCCGUGCGCCAGCAGGCAGGGCAGCGCAUAAGUAAUGGCCCGUGCGCAAGCUCUCGGUGCUGGAUGGAGCUUCAGCUCCGUGCUCAACUCGGCAGCAUCUCGGCAUGGCUCGUGGCAUCCGCGAAGCUUGGGCGCGGCCGGAGCCUCUGCAACUCUGCAAGAAAUUGACGGCGGGGAAUAGAGGAUACGGCGGGCACGGAGACAGGUAAAUUUACAGCUUCAAUUCAUUCUAGUAUGCUGUUCACUCCCUUUUUCUCUCCCUCUCCAGUAUAGCUGCAGCAAGAGAGUGGCACACUGUUGUAUACAUUCCUGAAAAAAAAAAUCGCAGCGUGCAGUGGAAUGUGCAGAAGCAUAUGCGUCUGCACCAUAUCUCUCCACAGGAAAGUUGGUGCUGCAUGCUGCCAGCAGAUUGCUGCUAGUAUGGGCAGUCAUCUCCCGGCAACUGGUGCUCCGUCUCGCUGCAGCCCUGAUCCAUGAGUUGGGACUACAGAUGCAGACGCGAAGAUCACUGGUUCAAACUUCCCCAGAGUUGAUCUUCUGGACAUGAAAGCCCCACAACUGUUGUACAGAGGAAGAGAGUUGAGUUCUCAACUCUAAAGGCAGGCCCAAGAGUCCAGACGGCGGAUGGGAGGCUGGGCCCAAAUCCAGCACAGGCCAGGAAGGCUGCCGGAAAAAAAACUGAACAAAUAUGGGCCGUGGCAGGCUUCAUGCCGCGCACAACCAGCUUGAUGGGCCGAAAGCUAACAUGCCUUCCCCGACGGAAGGUUUUUGUUUGCGCAAGACCCCACCAAAAGUUCACUACCGCUUUGCUGCGGCUAUGCUCCGUCACUAUCCUCCAGCAGGCCCUGAGCUCAAUCAACACAAGUCCAUGGAGCCAAGAGCUAGUAUCGCUGAUCGUAAACCGUCGAACGCGAAGCUCGAAAGUCAGACGAGAGAGAAGCCAAGUUAGUAGCAUCCGUCUCUCCGCCCGGCGAGUCGGCGACUAAUAAAAAGAGGCGGUUUCGAAGAUGAGCGGGUGCCUUUGCCUCCCCUGCUAUCAAAAGAAGGAGGCCGUCCCCGCGGCGGCAGCGAAGCCGUCCAUACAUUCCCCAGCCUCGUCACUCCUCCAGAACAAGAAGCCCACCCACCCUCCACCUCCCAAGAGCAUGGACGCCGUGGAGCGCUUGAAGAGCGGGUUCGAGCAGUUCAAGACCCAGGUCUACGACAAGAAGCCGGAGCUGUUCGAGCCGCUCAAGGCCGGCCAAUGCCCCAGGUACAUGGUGUUCGCCUGCGCCGACUCCCGCUGCUGCCCGUCGGUGACCCUGGGCCUGCAGCCCGGCGAGGCCUUCACCAUCCGCAACAUCGCCGCCAUGGUCCCGCCCUACGACAAGAACAAGUACGCCGGCAUCGGGGCCGCCAUCGAGUACGCCGUCUGCGCCCUCAAGGUGGAGGUCCUCACCGUCAUUGGCCACAGCCGCUGCGGUGGCAUCAGGGCGCUCCUCUCCCUCCAGGACGGCGCAGCCGACACCUUCCACUUCGUCGAGGACUGGGUCAGGAUCGGCUACCAGGCCAAGAAGAAGGUGCAGAAAGAGCACCCCACUGUUCCGUUCGACGAUCAGUGCUCCAUCUUGGAGAAGGAGGCUGUGAACGUGUCCCUCUACAACCUCUUGACCUACCCCUGGGUCAAGGAAGGUGUGGCCAACGGGACCCUCAAGUUGGUCGGUGCCCGCUACGACUUCGUGAACGGUGUGUUCGACACAUGGGAGAAAUGAGCCAUAAACUUCUACUACAUCAUAUACAUACAUACAUACCUAUAUGCACCUGAUCGAUGUGAAUCCGUGGAGUACUUACUGCCUAUUUCGACCGCUACUACAAGCCGGAUCGUCAUCCUAUAUGCGAAUGUAAUAAGCAAUAGCAUUUUCUACUGCUUUACUUUCAAAUGUGGAGCUUAUAUGUAAUAUAUGGUGCGUAAUUUGACCGCUUUUGUGGUCAAAAGACAUCAGCUGUAUAAGCCUUUUUCAUAAUAUUAUCUCAAUUUACUACC